CCACCGCCGGGCGAACCGCUCUAACAAAUCAUUCAGCCCGUGCCUGUGAAGCAGUAUUGCGGAUCGCGACUGUCAGGUCACUCAUGCUGCGCACACAAUCUCUCUCUGGCUGCUGACUCCUGUAUCUCGGGGCACUACAGUGCGAUACUGCCCGUGGGAAUAUACGUACCGCAAACAUGUCACGGCAUCAAAGGACGCCGUUGAAAAACGAGGAGAGUGUGGUGGAGGUGAAGAGCAAAUUUGAGGCGGAGUACCGAAGGUUUGCCCUGAAGAAGAAGGGAGCUGGGGGCUUCCAGGAAUUCUACCAACUGCUUCAAACCAUUCACAGAAUCCCCGGAGUGGACGUGCUGCUGGGAUAUGCCGACAUCCACGGAGAUCUUCUUCCAAUUAACAAUGAUGACAACUUCCACAAAGCACUGUCCUCAGCAAAUCCGCUGCUUCGAAUUAUCAUUCAAAAAAGAGACGUAGACGACUCCGUGCCGUUCCCCGCAGGCUCUCUCCAGAGAAGGAAAAAGGGCCUAGCUGGUCUGCGUCAAGCGCAACAGUCCAAGUCCAAGCCGGCGCUGCUCAUCAGCAAUCCCCAGGAUUUCCGGCAGAUCUCUUCUAUCAUCGAUGUGGACAUCUUACCCGACACGCAUCUCCGUGUCCGUCUGCACAAGCACGGCACCCACAAACCCCUCGGCUUUUACAUCCGUGAUGGCGUCAGUGUCCGCGUCACUCCUCAAGGGGUGGAGAAAGUUCCGGGCGUCUUCAUCUCCCGCCUCGUGAAAGGCGGUUUGGCAGAGAGCACGGGUUUGCUGGGAGUCAAUGACGAGAUUCUCGAGGUGAAUGGUAUCGAUGUGGCCGGGAAAUCACUGGACCAGGUCACCGACAUGAUGGUGGCUAACAGCCACAACCUCAUCGUGACGGUAAAACCCGCCAAUCAGCGCAACAACACGAUGCACCGUGCGAGUAAAACAUCUGCCGGCAAUAGUUCCGCUGGCUCGGGAGGCUCCGCCCUCUCACAUGACUCCGCCCCCAGCCCCGCCUCACAGAACGCCAGCCAAUACAGCAACAGCAACAGUGUGGCCGAGGGCGACAGUGACGAUGAUACGGACCUCAUCAUCGAGAACGACAACCUGUACGUGCCACACCGUAUGACUAAUGGCAACGGCAGCCACGGUAACGCCCUGUCGUCGGGUGCAUUUGCGCACAGGCCCCUCCCACAAAGUGUUUCCUUGCCCAGUAGCAGCUCUUUAAGCUCUCUGACCACACCUACACACAACGGCAGUCCCACCAAGACGAGCAGUAGCCAAGAAAGCAUGAGAGAGGACGGAAACUUCAUUACGUUGUGAGCUACAGUAGGAUUCACACCACUGUAAGAGCCUUUAUGCACAUUUAUGAUAAAAUGAAGGAACUAUUAUAUGAUCAGCUAUUAUUUUUCGGUCGUUACUAUCACAAACAACAACCUGUUCACAAUCUUCCCCGUGAAUAAGGUCCCUCGCCCAGAUCACACAGGUUGCACUGUAUGGAAGUGCCUUAUGGCUCUCCAUUCCUCUCGCCUUAGUUAUUUUUUCUUCUUUUGGGAAAAAUCAACCAUAUUCAUCUCUAUUGACUCUAAGGAAGUGUGCUAGUUGCUACUGGGAUGCCUGACAUUAUCACUCAGAGGACGUGAGAGACCAACAAAUCGCCUCUGUGGAAAUAAUGCGUCUUGUUGUGGAUUCAUCUCACUUUUUAUGAUCCCUCUUGCAUUAAUGAUGAUGAUGAUAAUAAUGGAAGAUGAUGAGGAGGAGGUGGAGAAAAAUAUGAGUGUUAAAACAGAUCUGAUCAGUGUUUAAGCUUGUUUGCUCAUAUCAUCUCAU